AUGGAGACAACUCAGGGUCAAGCCUCGGCACAGUAUCCCGCCGAUCCCAACGGUGGUCAACGUCCGGUAGUUGACUCCCCAGCUACAUCGCAGGGUCAGGGAAGAUCUUUCGACUGCCGCAUCCUCUUCUUCACCCUCCGGCUCGGAAUCGUCCUCAACGCCCUCGCGUACAGAGACGUCAUUGCCCAAGGUUCAGGUCGCCUGUGUAGGCUGCUGUCUCAGAUCAAGGCCAACCUCCCCGAACAGGCUUGCGAUAUCAGUCCCAUCGAGGCGAUCGUGAUCAACAAACUGUCGGACCGGCACAGCUUCUUGACCUGGAUGUUGCAACACCUGCAGUUCACCUAUCAACACCCAAUUAACACACCGUUGCCCGCGGACCUCAUUCCACGUCCUACGUAUGAUCGCUGCAUCUCGAUAUGGGUCGACCUGCACACGGUUGCACACUUCUUUGAGAUUGAGCGUCUCCAACAAUUCACCGCCGCCUGUGUGAGCACGCAAAUCACAACGCUUUUCACGAGAUUCUUCCUCAUCUCCACGGUGGGUUCUCCGGGAUCAGCGCAAUUCAAGCAGCCCAACAUACCCGGCAUGCUGGAGCAGACAGCCGAUGCCAUCGCGAGGGCGGCGCGCGUCGUCCCUGCCACCAGCGGGCUCUGGGUUCGGACUGCGCGCUUCUUCCUCACCAUGCGGCAUGUCACCGACUUCCUCGACGGCGGACACCGGGUCAUGCAGCAAAUCCUGCGGCUCAACCACAUUGGCCCCUUUGCCCACGCCUUGGUGAGAGCAGAACUCUUUUGCCAGUCCGCCGGCCUCGAGGGCGUCUUUCAGACAUCCAUGGACUGGAACCUGCAGCACGCGGACUGCGCGUGUACGGGCUGCAGCAACAUAAUCUGGCGCGGGGACCUGGUCAAGCGGACGUCUGCCGAGAUAGCUUCUGGCGCGGUGCAGAAGUUCGCUUUGGUCAACCCGUACGACGGCUUCAAGACUGUGUUCUGCGACUUUUGCAGCCGGCGCUGUGGUGUGCCUUGGGACAACGGAAACAAGCCUUGCGUUCCGCACGAGUAG